GCCCUCCCAGCCCGGCCACGCGCCGUCCCUCGGGCGGGCCCGGGGACCAGCGCCGCCGCUGCUGCAGCCGGGCCUGGGGCUGGCGCGUGGGCGGGCCGGGCUGGGCGCGCCGCCCCCACGGCCCGCAGCGCCGCUCCCACGCUCCCAGCCCCUCCCCCUUCCUUCCUUCCCGCAGCGCUCGGGGAGCCGGCGGAUGCGAGCCGCGCCGGGCGCCGAGCUUUGUGUGCGCCCGCGGACCCGGCGAGCCCUGGGCGGCCCUCCGCGGCGGCGCUCAGCCGGCUCCCGGCUGGAGUUGCGAGGCGUGGCUGCGGGGGAGGCGCUUGGUGGGGGCGUGGGGCUCCCGGCAGGCGGGAGGGACCGAGCUCGCCGCGCCGGACAAUGAGCCCGGCAGCUCGACGCUGCGGCCACUAAUAGGAGGACGCGGGCGGCCGGCGCCUCCGCGGCUCAGCAGCUCCACCUGCGAGGAGGGCGGGAUGCCAGAGCCAGGUGUCCCGGCGCCCUAAGGCCCCUCACGGCCAGGCGCCUCCGAGCUGGUGCUCGCACUGACAACCCGGCUACCUGCAGGCUUUGGCUGGGACGGUAUUUUUUGCGGGGGGCCCUCGGAGCAGCCGCGAUGGCCAGCACCAGGAGCAUUGAGCUGGAGCACUUUGAGGAACGGGACAAAAGGCCGCGACCGGGGUCGCGGAGAGGGGCGCCCAGCUCCUCCGGGGGCAGCAGCAGCUCGGGCCCCAAGGGGAACGGGCUCAUCCCCAGCCCGGCGCACAGUGCCCACUGCAGCUUCUACCGCACGCGGACCCUGCAGGCCCUGAGCUCCGAGAAGAAGGCCAAGAAGGCGCGCUUCUACCGGAAUGGGGACCGCUACUUCAAGGGCCUGGUGUUUGCCAUCUCCAGCGACCGCUUCCGGUCCUUCGAUGCGCUGCUCAUGGAGCUCACCCGCUCCCUGUCGGACAACGUGAACCUGCCCCAAGGCGUCCGCACCAUCUACACCAUCGACGGCAGCAGGAAGGUCACCAGCCUCGAUGAGCUGCUGGAAGGUGAGAGUUACGUGUGUGCGUCAAAUGAACCAUUUCGUAAAGUUGAUUACACCAAAAAUAUUAAUCCGAACUGGUCUGUGAACAUCAAGGGUGGGACCACCCGAGCCUUGGCUGCUCCCUCCUCGGUGAAGAGCGAAGUGAAGGAGAGUAAAGAUUUCAUCAAACCCAAACUGGUGACUGUGAUUCGCAGUGGAGUGAAGCCUAGAAAAGCCGUGCGGAUCCUUCUCAAUAAGAAGACCGCCCAUUCCUUUGAACAAGUCUUAACAGAUAUCACCGAAGCCAUUAAACUAGACUCGGGCGUGGUCAAGAGGCUCUGCACGCUGGACGGAAAGCAGGUUACUUGCCUACAGGACUUUUUUGGUGACGACGAUGUUUUUAUUGCUUGUGGACCUGAGAAAUUCCGUUAUGCCCAAGAUGACUUUGUCCUGGAUCACAGCGAGUGCCGGGUCUUGAAGUCAUCUUACUCUCGCUCCUCCGCUAAGUACUCUGGAUCCAAGAGCCCUGGGCCCUCUCGACGCAGCAAAUCACCAGCCUCAGCAAAGAGGGGUGGCCACUACUCCAGUGCCUGUGUGACAGCCAGAUCCCCAGUGAAUGGAACUCCCAGCAGCCAGCUCUCCACUCCUAAGUCUACCAAGUCCUCCAGUUCCUCUCCAACUAGCCCAGGAAGUUUCAGAGGAUUGAAGCAGAUUUCUGCACAUGGCAGAUCUUCUUCCAACAUAAACGGUGGACCCGAACUUGAGCGUUGCCUGAGCCCCGAAGGUGUGAAUGGAAAUAGGUGCUCUGAGUCAUCGACUCUGCUUGAGAAAUACAAAAUUGGAAAGGUUAUUGGUGAUGGCAAUUUUGCGGUCGUCAAAGAGUGCAUGGACAGGUCCACUGGAAAGGAGUUUGCCCUGAAGAUUAUAGACAAAGCCAAAUGUUGUGGAAAGGAACACCUGAUUGAGAAUGAGGUGUCCAUACUGCGCCAGGUGAAACAUCCAAACAUCAUCAUGCUGGUGGAGGAGAUGGAAACAGCUACUGAGCUCUUCCUGGUGAUGGAAUUGGUCAAAGGUGGAGACCUCUUUGAUGCAAUUACCUCCUCAACCAAGUACACUGAGCGAGACGGCAGUGCCAUGGUGUACAACCUGGCCAGUGCCCUCAGGUAUCUGCACGGCCUCAGCAUUGUGCACAGAGACAUCAAGCCAGAGAACCUCCUGGUGUGUGAAUAUCCCGAUGGAACCAAGUCUUUGAAACUGGGAGACUUCGGUCUGGCCACGGUGGUGGAAGGCCCCCUGUACACAGUCUGUGGAACACCAACUUACGUGGCCCCGGAAAUCAUCGCUGAAACUGGCUAUGGCCUGAAGGUGGACAUCUGGGCAGCAGGCGUGAUCACGUACAUCCUCCUCUGUGGAUUCCCGCCGUUCCGAAGUGAGAACAACCUCCAGGAAGAUCUCUUCGACCAGAUCUUGGCCGGGAAGCUGGAGUUCCCCGCGCCCUACUGGGAUAACAUCACGGACUCCGCAAAGGAAUUAAUCAGCCACAUGCUUCAGGUAAACGUCGAAGCUCGGUGCACUGCGGGACAAAUCCUGAGUCACCCCUGGGUGUCAGACGAUGCCUCCCAGGAGAAUAAUAUGCAAGCUGAAGUGACAGGUAAACUCAAGCAGCACUUUAACAAUGCGCUCCCCAAGCAGAACAGCACCACCACCGGGGUCUCCGUGAUCAUGAACACGGCUCUAGAUAAGGAGGGACAGGUGUUCCGCAGCAAACACGGUCAGGACAGCGGCCGGCCCGGGACGGAGCCCACCUCGCCAGUUCCCCCCCCUGCCCAGGAGCCCGCUGUGCCCAAGGCGGCCGUCCAGGCCCCUGCCGCUCCGGAGUCUCCCACCACCCCCUGCCCUCCUGCUGCCCCGGGCUGCCAGCGGGCAGGGACCUGGCGCCGCCACCGAGACUGAUGCAGCCUGAGCCCGCGACUGCUGGCCUCGGCUGUGCCCCGCGGCCCCGCCCUCCCUGCCUCCGUGCCACAGGCGGCCUCAGCGUUGGUGACACACUGAGCACUGGUUUUAAAUCAUCUGAGUUUCAGCUCAAUGGACUUUAUACAACGUCACCAGGAGAAUGUGCAACUUUUUUCCAGCAUUUAAUGCAUUUUUAUAGACACUUCAGAUGAGCCCAGACCUCCCCCUGUUGAAGUA